CACACACGCCCGCACACUCCUCGCCGUUCGCCUCGCGCUCCCCUCGUCGUCGUCGCGCAAAUGGCGGCCUCCUCCUCCUCCUCGUCGCCGGCCGCGGCCUCCGCUCCCUUCGCCGCGCCGGGGCCCCACCGCCGCCCCGGACUCGCGCUGCGCCCCUCGCCGCCGACGCCGCCUUCCUCCUCCUUGUCCUGCUGCCGCGCUUCCCCCGCCGCCGCGGCCGUCUCGUCCGUCUCCGCCACCGCCGCCCCGAAUCGCGGGCCCAGGGGGAUGGGUCUUCGUUGCCGGGCAUCGGAGGGAGCGGCGGCGGCGGCGCGGAAGGAGGCCCCGCUCAAGGUGAUGAUCUCGGGUGCACCCGCGUCUGGGAAGGGAACGCAAUGCCGCAUGAUCGUCGAGAAGUAUGGUUUGGUUCACAUAUCAACUGGGGAUCUUCUGCGGGCCGAAGUAUCUUCUGGCACCGAAAUAGGCAAGAAAGCAAAAGAAUAUAUGGACAAUGGUAUGCUAGUCCCGGAUCAAGUUGUGACAGAUAUGGUGGUAUCACGACUAUCACAACCUGAUGUUAGAGAAAGAGGAUGGCUUCUCGAUGGUUACCCGAGAAGUUAUGCCCAGGCACAAAGUCUCGAAAGUAUGAAAAUACGACCAGAUAUAUUCAUUGUGCUGGAAGUUCCUGAUGAUAUUCUAAUCGACAGAUGUGUUGGAAGAAGGUUGGAUCCUGAGACUGGCAAAAUUUACCACAUAAAGAACUUCCCUCCGGAGAAUGAUGAAGUUUCUGCUCGUCUUGUUACACGCUCUGAUGAUACAUUUGAGAAGGUUAAAUCACGUCUUGAUACUUACAAACAAAAUUCUGAAGCUGUUAUCCCAACAUACUCAGAUUUGCUCAACCAGAUUGAUGGAAAUCGACAAGUGGAAGUCGUUUUUAAUGAAAUAGAUUCACUGUUACAGAAGAUCUGUGAGAAUGCUUCAUUUAACAUGUUGGCCAAAACAAAUGGAAAACCACAAGAUUCUAAGGAUACAACAGCCUCAAAAAAUGAGUUUCGUGGGAUUCCAACAAGAUUAAAUAACAUUCCACAUUCCAGGGAAAUCAGGAAAUACUUUUACAAUGAUGUACUAGUAGCCACCAGACAUGCUGUUGAAGACAAAAAAACUCGGUUGCAGAUAGAUAUCAACAUUCCUGAACUUAACCCUGAAAUGGAUGUUUAUCGCAUAGGAACCCUCAUGGAACUUGUGCGAGAGCUUUCUCUUUCCUUUGCUGAUGAUGGAAAGCGUGUGAAGGUUUGCGUUCAAGGCUCCAUGGGACAAGGUGCAUUUGCUGGUAUUCCACUUCAGCUUGCUGGAACCAGAAAAAUUUUGGAAAUCAUGGACUGGGGUGAAUAUGGGGCCAAGGGUACCUUCAUUAAUUUUGGAGCAGUAGGUGCUAGUGAGGUUGAUAAAGAAGAUGACAUGUUCAUCCUCAUUGCUCCCCAAAAUGCUGUUGGAAACUGUAUAAUUGAUGACAUGAAAGCAAUGACUGAUGCUGCUGGUGACAGACCUGUGAUUCUUGUAAAUCCUCGCUUAAAGGAUAUGCCUGGAUCAAGUGGUGUAAUGCAAACAAUGGGAAGAGACAUGAGGCUAAAAUAUGCUGCAUCUUUUGAGACUUGUUAUUCCUUCCGGCUUCUCUUCUAUGCUGGCUCAUUUUAUCCUAUUAUGGGAGCUCUAAGGAUGGCUUAUCCUAAUAAAUAUGAGAUUUAUCGAAGGGUUGAUGAACCCAAUGGACAAGAACGAUAUGUUCUCUUAGAGGAAUUUGUGGAGAAGCCAACUCCUGAUGAAAUCACCAAUGCAUUCAGACCACGUAAAAACGAAAAUGAAAAGUCAGCGUCUGGAUUCUGGGGUUUUUUGAGUGGUAUAUUAUGAGGCAAACAUUUCAGUAAAGGCUGAGUUUAGUAAAUUCUCCCAGGCAUCCAACAUUCAUAGAGCGAAAUGCUUGUUUUCCUGUUCCUACACUCGACCAUUUCUAAAUUGAUGUAUAGCUUCAUGUACCAUAUUGAUAAAUAGUGGGCAAAAUUUGCUACAGAUAUCGAAAAAACGUGUAAUUAGCUAACGGACAUUGCAAGAUCGUGAAACGGCUGUAACACACUCCAAAAACCAAAAACGUAUAAUUUGCUGAUGGACACUAUGAGCAAUAAUAAAAUAAUAUAUACAUCUGCUUGAGGAGA